AGACACAACUGUUUCCAAACAUUCACAAAGUUGGUCACACUGUAAAAUAAAUCUUCUCGCUCGGUCGCUGCUCGCCUUUAUUUCCGUAAAAAGGGCCAAAAAUGUGGAAAAUAAUUGAUAAACUGGCGUGAAAAGUGUGUACGAAUGUCGUGUGCAGUGUCUGGAUAUGAAAUCACAUCGAAUUCGUAACGCGAAACUGCCAAAAAGAGUGAAAAUCGGUUGCUGCAAACCUGAUUUGUGAAGAAGAAGCAGGCAUUUUUUCAUCGUCGUAAAACACGUACAUACAGACACUCGCACUCACACACACACACGCACAUGUGCGCAACUAUAUAUGUAUAUACGAAACGCGCGGGCGCGAGAGCGGGACAACGCGAGGGAGAGCGGCGAAUGUGAAAGCCAAAGCAAAAACCAAGAAACAAGUGAACGAAAAUAAAAACGAAAAUCGCAAUUCUCUCUUGCACCCCUGUGUGUUUAUUGUGGAAAAUACUAGUGUUUUUCGUGUGUUUUGUGCCGUUAUAGUGCGAAAUGAGCCCCCAGUGCGGAUUAUUGGCAUUAUUCGUGGGCUGAGUGACAAAUGCAACCCCCGAAUCCCGAAUCUGAGGCUGAAUCUGGAUAUUAGCUCGACAAAAGAUUCAAGACGCAGACCCUAGUGCAGCUGUGUGCGUGAAGGAGUGUGGUGGAAUGGAAUGGAGAACGGAAUGGCAGUGAUGUAGACCACCACAAGACGAAAACGAGAACCAGAUGAUGAGCCGCCGAUGGGGAUAAUGAUGAUAUAAUGAUAAUGAUCCCGAUGUGGGAUAGCAACAGCAAAAGCAACAACAAAAGCAACAUCAAAAUCAACUGCAGAUGAGAGAAAAGUUAGCGCGAAAGUACAGCUAUGUGGAAAACUGUGAAUUCGUCGAGCAGAAACUCCCAACGCAGAAAAACUAAACGCGCAAAAAGAAGAAUUUUCAUCAGGCCAUAAACGCGAGCAGAGAACAAAGGAAAACUGUCGUAAAAAGAGGCAGAGGAAGAGGCAGCGGCAGGAAAACCCACCACUUAAUAGUGGCCCACAGCAGCAACAACAACUUGGCAAAGAGUCGAGGACGAAACUGCUAACCAAACUCCAAACGUAAAUCGAACAAAAAGGGAAACUACAAAUCAAAAGCAAGCAAAUGCAAACGCAAAGGCAAACGCAAAGUCAAACAAAUAAUGGGUCGCUCCAAGUUUCCCGGCAAACCCUCCAAGUCGAUCAACCGCAAGCGGAUCAGUGUCCUUCAGCUGGAGGAUGAUCAGCCGCAGCAACAGCCGGAAACGCAGCCGGACUCCCAACCGGACACCCAGCAACAGCAGCAGCAGCAAACAAGCUCAGGAUCCGGUGCCGGGUCCCUGACUGCGCGGGAAAAGGGAAACAAUUGUGAUAAAGAUGAGGAUGACAAUGCCCCGGGCGGGGCCUCCUCCACGGGCGGCAAUAACGCCUCAUCCUCCUCUGCAUCCAGCUCGGAAAGCACUGGAAACGGGAACAGCUCUGCCUCAGGAUCUAGCUCGGGCUCCACCAACGGAGGCAGUGUGAACGGUGCCAGUAGCCACAAAAAUGCAGCUAAUUCGGACAAGGAGCAUCAGGGGGAGGCUAAGGAUGGCGACAAGGGCAGAACGAAAACGGCACCCUUGGGUGGAGCAGCGUCCUUGGGUGGAAAAUCUUCCAGAACAUCCUCGGGAUCCUCGGCUUCAGGAGCGGCGUUUGAGAAGUGCGCCGGAGGAAAAGGCGCCAAGCCACCAACUGGAACAGCAUCCGGGAAAUCAUGUGGAUCUGGCAGUGUGAUUUCCAUUGAAAUAUCUUCUGGAAAACAGUCAGAAGCGGCAUCCCCACGAGCACUGGCAGGCCUAUCCCCCGGAGCAUCGUCUGCCUCGUCGUCGGGAUUAGCCUCUCCGGGAGGCUCCUCGUCGGGAUCUUUUGCGUUGAGUGCAGCCCUCCUGCGGGCCCGCAAGGGCAGCAACAAGAAGUUCAAGAACUUGAACCUGGCGAGGGCCGAGGUCAUGUUGCCCUCCACUUCCAAGCUGAAGAUGCAGCAGCAGCAGGAACUGAACGGCCCAGGGGCGGCGGGCAGUGGCUCCAGCUCAGCGCCCUCGCCCUCGUCGGCGGAGACAGCCGGCAUGGGACUGGCGAAUCCCUUUGCUGGGGAAGCGGGCGAAGAUGCGGCCCUGAAGCGCAGAUUAGCCGACAUGCCCCACGAAGUGGCCUCCGAAACCGCUUCCACCAGCUCCGGCUCGGCGGGAAAUGAUGCGGCGGCGGGAGCGACUACGACAGCGGGGGCUGGGCCAUCGGGAUCAGCAGCCGGAUGUAGUCCCAAGCCGGGACAAGCAGCAGCGGCGACAGGGUCGGGCCCUGGCCCUGCCAAGCAAAAGAAGACGGUGACCUUCAGGAAUGUGCUGGAAACGAGCGACGACAAGUCGGUGGUAAAGCGGUUCUACAACCCGGACAACCGCAUACCCCUCGUCUCGAUCAUGAAGAAGGACUCCCUCAACCGGCCGCUGAACUAUUCCCGAGGCGGCGAGUGCAUCGUGCGUCCAUCCAUCCUGUCCAAGAUACUCAACAAGAGCUCCAACAUCGACAAGCUAAACUCCCUCAAAUUUCGAUCGGCGCCGUCUAGUUCCGGCAAGAGCUCCGAGUCCCCGAAUGUUUUUGGCCUGUCCAGGGCGUUUGGGGCUCCCAUGGACGAGGACGAGGAGGAGUCUGGUGGAGUCACCUUUCGCCGGAACGACUCACCGCCCGGCCAAAAAAUCGACGACGACGACGACGAUAUGGAUGAGGACGAAGAUGAAGAAGAGGGCAACCUGGAUGAGGAGGACAACGAGCAGGAGGACAUCGACGAGGGCGUCUCCGAAAAGAGUGCUGAAACCGACCGGAAUGGACGGGAAUCCGAAGAGCGAGAUUCCGAGGAGAAGCAGCUGGUCAUGGACUCGCACUUUGUGCUGCCCAAACGGAGCACCCGCUCCUCGAGGAUCAUCAAACCGAACAAAAGGUUGAUCGAAGACGGUGCAAUCAGCAAGAAGUCUGCUCCCAGUUCCAGCGACUCCAAAUCAAAGAGCCUCUUCGGAGCUCCUGCUCCUUCCACAUCCUCCACGUCAGCAGCAGGCUUCAGCUCGUUCGGUAGCCUUAAAUUAAAUAGCAAUACAAGUGGAAGUGGCAGCGGCAGUGGCAGUGGAAGCGGAAGCGGAAGCUUCGUGCUGCGACAGCCACGACUGCGAUUCCAGACGGACAGCAAACCCGUACCUUUUGGCAGUGCAGCUGCCACUAAGAGCUCUUGUCCCACGUCGCCCAGUGCCAUUCAAACGCCAGCUAGUUCCUUGGCAAUGACCUCGUUCGGUACUCUGGCUACCUCCAGUUCAAGCCCGAACCCCAAUCCUGCGGCAGGAUCAGCUGGGAGCAGUACCUGCUCUGUGUGCUCCACGUCGGUCAGCAGCAAGGAAGUAGCCCAGCCCCGCAAGUACGGAGUGGUGGCCUGUGACGUGUGCCGAAAGUUCAUGUCGAAGAUGACCAAGAAAUCCAUAUCGGCCAACUCGAGUAGUCCCAAUGCAGCCGGCUCAUCGGGUGGACAGCAGCAUCUGCAGUGCAAAGGAGCCGAAGGAUCAGCUUGCAGCAUCCUGACGGCCAAGAGUCAGCUGAAGAACUUCAAGAAGUUGUACAAGGAACGUUGCACCGCCUGUUGGCUGAAGAAGUGCGUGAACUCGUUUCAGCUUCCAGCGGCUCAUCGGAGUCGAUUGAGUGCCAUUCUGCCUGCGGCAAUGCGGGUAGAUGUCUCUUCUCGGGAGGACAAGUCUACAGAACUGCUAUCCCCCACCGGAAGCAUCCGAUUCACGGCCCCAUCUGCUCUCAGUUCGUCGUCAGUGGCUGCUUCCACGUCUGUGAAGUGGAAGUCGAGUGGCGACUCGUCCUCGAGUGCCUUGGCCUCGAUCAAGUCGAAUCCUUUGGCGGAAAAUAAUGUUACCUUUGGCAGUACUCCACUGCUGCGACCGGCUAUCCUCGAAAAGCCCCUCUUCCUGAAGAUCAGCAAUGCAGCCGACCAAAAACUGGGAGCCAAUGAGGUUGGCUGCCCAAGUCCUUCAAGAAAAGCAAAGCAGGACGAGGAGAAGGAAAAAGAAAAGGAAAAGGAGAAAGAAAAGGCUAAGGACCAGGACGUUGGCGACAAGCUACUCAGUCCCACGUUGUCGGCCUCUAAAAAGCCACCUUCGGCAGAAAACCCGAUUCCAGAAGCUCAAAAAGAGGAAGCGCAGUCUUCUACAACAACCAUGCAAGCUGGUACUUUGAAUGGCACGUCUCAGGCCACGAACCAAUCUGAAGCUAAUGGAGACAGCAAUCCCAACUCCAAUGCUAAUGCCACUUCGUCUGGGGAAACCCUGAAACGCCAGAGGAUUGACCUCAAGGGGCCACGGGUGAAGCAUGUGUGCAGGAGUGCCUCAAUAGUUCUGGGCCAGCCACUGGCCACUUUCGGCGAAGACCAGGAGGCGGAAGAGGAGGCUGAAGUGCAGAAGGAGGCAGUCGUACCUGUGCCAUCAGAAAGCUCUGCUCAGAAACCGGAGCCAGUAGUCACUGAUGAGAACGAUAAUUGCGCCAGUUGCAAAACGCAUCCUUCGGAUGGAUCGAACGCCAGUCAAGCUUCCGGUAGUAAUCAGGGAGAGGCAAGGAAGGUUGCUCCAGCUGGCAAGGAAAAUGUCACGGUGGCCAAGGCAGAACCUGCAGCACCAAGCGUUCCUGCUAAAGUGGCAACAAGAAACGCGACAGUCGCUUCCAACAUGAAUGUGGUGGCCACUAAGAAGCAGCGGAAUGGAGACAUAACCAGUAGCUCUGUGACCCAGACCUCCAAUCUGUCUCAAGGAAGGAGGACCAAGGAGCAGCGCCAGCAGCGCACGCUGAUAUCAAUCGAUUUUUGGGAAAACUACGAUCCCGCAGAGGUUUGCCAAACGGGCUUCGGCCUCAUUGUGACCGAAACAGUGGCCCAGAGAGCUCUGUGCUUUCUUUGCGGCUCCACGGGCUUGGACCCCCUCAUUUUUUGUGCCUGCUGCUGUGAACCGUACCAUCAGUAUUGUGUCCAGGAUGAGUACAACCUGAAGCACAGCUCGUUCGAGGAGACCACUCUGAUGGGCAGUCUGCUGGAGACAUCAGUGACCGCCGUCGGGUCUUCAUCUUCCCUGAAUCAACUGACUCAGCGCCUGAACUGGCUGUGUCCGCGCUGCACCGUUUGCUACACCUGCAACAUGUCCUCCGGGUCGAAGGUGAAGUGCCAAAAGUGCCAGAAGAACUACCACAGCACGUGUCUGGGCACCAGCAAGCGUCUGCUGGGCGCCGACCGCCCACUGAUCUGUGUGAACUGCCUGAAGUGCAAGUCCUGCUCGACGACGAAAGUGUCCAAGUUUGUGGGCAAUCUUCCGAUGUGUACAAAUUGCUUCAAGCUGCGCAAGAAGGGUAACUUCUGCCCGAUUUGCCAAAAGUGCUACGACGACAACGACUUCGAUCUGAAAAUGAUGGAGUGCGGCGACUGCCGGCAGUGGGUGCAUUCUAAGUGCGAGGGCCUCAGCGACGAGCAGUACAACCUGCUCAGCACCUUGCCGGAGUCCAUAGAGUUUAUAUGCAAGAAAUGCGCCCGGAGAAACGAGAGUUCCAAGAUGAAGGCCGAGGAAUGGCGACAGGCUGUGAUGGAGGAGUUCAAAGUCAGUCUGUACAGUGUUCUAAAGCUGCUCAGCAAGUCGCGGCAGGCGUGUGCUCUGCUGAAGCUCAGUCCUCGCAAGAAAUUGAGGUGCACCUGCGGAGCCGCCGGAAAACUUCAGCCCAAAGCUCUGCAGUUCAGCAGUGGAUCGGACAACGGGUUGGGCAGCGAUGGCGAAUCUCAGAACAGCGACGAUGUGUACGAGUUCAAGGAGCAGCAGCAACGGAAUAUGAAUCAAAACAAAUCCCGGGUGGGGAAGUCUCUGUCCUGCUCCUGUCAGCAACCGAUCAGCCAGCCGCAGUCCUUCAGCUUGGUGGACAUUAAGCAGAAGAUUGCCAACAACUCGUAUGUUUCCUUGGCGGAGUUCAACUACGACAUGAGCCGAGUGAUUCAGCAGAGCAAUUGCGACGAGCUGGACAUCGCCUACAAGGAGCUUUUGAGCGAGCAGUUCCCAUGGUUCCAGAACGAGACGAAGGCCUGUACGGAUGCUUUGGAGGAGGACAUGUUCGAGUCCUGUGCCGGAGGCAACUACGAAGACUUGCCAGAUGGUGCAGGAGGAUCUUCUGUCUACAACGAUCACUCCACCUCGCAGGGAGAGUCCCGUUCCGGAGUGCUAGACAUUCCCAUCGAGGAAGUGGACGACCUGGGCAGCUGCGGGAUUAAGAUGCGAUUGGACUCAAGGGUCUGUCUAUUUUGUCGGAAGAGCGGCGAGGGCCUCUCCGGAGAAGAGGCGCGACUGCUGUAUUGCGGUCACGAUUGCUGGGUGCACACGAAUUGCGCCAUGUGGUCGGCUGAGGUCUUCGAGGAGAUCGACGGCUCGCUGCAGAACGUCCACAGUGCGGUAGCCAGAGGAAGGAUGAUCAAGUGCACCGUGUGCGGUAAUCGGGGCGCCACGGUGGGCUGCAAUGUGAGGUCCUGUGGCGAGCACUAUCACUAUCCCUGCGCACGGAGCAUUGAGUGCGCCUUCCUCACGGACAAGUCCAUGUACUGUCCAACGCAUGCCAAAAACGGUAACGCCCUGAAGGCCAACGGCUCCCCAAGUGUCACCUACGAGUCCAACUUCGAGGUGUCCCGUCCCGUUUACGUGGAGUUGGACAGGAAACGGAAGAAGUUGAUAGAGCCGGUGCGCGUUCAAUUUCAUAUAGGCUCCUUGGAAGUCCGCCAGCUGGGAACCAUAGUGCCCCGAUUCUCCGACUCCUAUGAGGCGGUGGUGCCCAUCAACUUCCUCUGCAGCCGCCUGUAUUGGUCCUCAAAAGAGCCGUGGAAAAUAGUGGAGUACACGGUGCGCACGACAAUCCAGAACAGCAGCUCCUCGACUUUGACUGCGUUGGAUGUGGGCAGAAACUACACCGUGGACCACAGCAAUCCGAAUGGCAAGGAGGUGCAAUUGGGACUCGCGCAAAUCGCACGAUGGCACAGCACUUUGGCUAGGAGCGAUCUUCUCGAAAGCAAUGGAACCGAUUGGAACGGCGACUUUGCCAACCAGAACUCGUGUGUUCCACCGGAUGAGAACACGGAGGAGGAGCCCCAACAGCAGGCCGACUUGCUGCCGCCCGAAAUCAAAGAUGCCAUAUUCGAAGAUCUCCCCCAUGAAAUACUCGACGGCAUUUCCAUGCUGGACAUAUUCAUGUACGAUGACUUGGCCGACAAAAGCGACUUGUUUGCCAUCAGCGAGCAGUCCAAGGACGGCACGCAGGCCAUGACUUCCCACCAGGCUCAGAGUCAGCAGGGCCAGCAAGCGGGAGGCGGGAGUGUCAGCAUCUGCGAUGAGGACACACGGAACUCGAAUACGAGCCUGGGAAAUGCAUGGCCGGCGAGCAAUCCCGUGGAGGACGCUAUGCUGUCCGCGGCUCGUAACUCCAGUCAGGUUCAGAUGCUCAAAACCCUGGCCUGGCCGAAGUUGGAUGGAAAUUGUGCCAUGGCAACAGCGAUAAAGCGAAGGAAGCUCUCCAAAAACCUGGCCGAGGGCGUUAUCCUCACCCUGAGCAGUCAGCAGCGCAGCAAGAAGGAGAUGGCCACGGUAGCUGGUGUCUCCCGGAGGCAGUCCAUCAGUGAAACAUCCACAGAGGCUUCGAGUUCGAGCUCCGUGAGAAGCAAAAGCUUCACAUGGAGCGCAGCGAAGCGGUACUUCGAAAAGAGCGAGGGUCGCGAGGAAGCGGCAAAGAUGCGGAUCAUGCAGAUGGACGGGGUGGAUGACUCGAUCACCGAGUACCGCAUCAUCGCAGAUGGCAACCUGUCCACAGCUCAAUUCACGGGUCAGUUGAAGUGCGAGAGAUGCCAGUGCACGUAUAGGAACUACGACGCCUUCCAGAGGCAUUUGCCCGGCUGUGAGCCCGCGAUGUCCACCAAUGAUACCGAAUCGGAGGUGAACGCGACUGGAACAACCACCAACGCCACUCAUCUGAGCGCAGAGAGCUUGAAUGAGCUCCAGAAGCAGCUCUUGGCGAAUGCCGGUGGCUUGAAUUAUCUGCAAACCGCUGCAGCUGCCACGACCUUCCCUCAGGUUCAGAGCUUGGGGUCACUGGGCCAGUUUGGCCUGCAGGGACUGCAGCCCCUUCAGUUGCAGCCGCAGUCUCUUGGCAAUGGCUUCUUCCUCUCCCAACCCAAUCCCGCCCCCAGCCAGUCGAACGGUACGGAAGAGCUGCAGAUUUACGCCAAUUCGCUGCAAAGCUUGGCCGCCAAUCUUGGCGGAGGAUUUACUUUGGCCCAGCCCACGGUGACGGCUGCACCGCAGCCCCAAUUGAUCGCAGUAUCGACAAACCCCGAUGGCACCCAGCAGUUCAUCCAGAUCCCUCAGACCACGGCUCCCGCGGCCACCUACCAAACGCUUCAGGCCACAAACACGGACAAGAAGAUAGUGCUUCCCCUGUCCACAGCGGGAAAACCGCUGAAAACAGUGGCCACCAAGGCGGCACAACAGGCAGCUGCCAAGCAGAAGCAGCUCAAGUCCGGACACCAGGUGAAGCCCAUCCAAGCCAAACUGCAACCACAUCCCCAGCAGCAGGCGACGCAAGUGCAACAGGCGCAACCAAUCACAGUGAUGGGUCAAAAUCUGCUGCAGCCGCAGUUGCUCUUCCAGAGCAGCGCGCAGGCGCAGACUCCUCAACUAAUUCUCCCCCAGACACAGCCGCAGAAUAUCAUCUCAUUUGUCACUGGGGACGGAAGCCAGGGACAGCCGCUGCAGUAUAUAUCCAUACCGACUGGAGGAGAAUACAAGCCGCAGCCGCAACCCACAGCCACCCCUACUUUCCUGACCACGGCAGCUCCCGGAGCCGGAGCCACCUUCCUGCAAACGGAUGCCAGUGGUAACCUUAUGUUGACCACAGCUCCAACGAAUUCCGGACUGCAAAUGCUGACAGCUGCGCCCCUGCAAUCACAGCCUCAGGUGAUUGGGACCCUCAUCCAGCCCCAGACGCUUCAGCUGAGCGGAGCGACGGAUGGCAGCCAGCCAGGAGCAAGCCAGCAGUCCCUUAUUCUGGGGGGAACGUCUGGUGGUGGAACCACUGGCCUGGAGUUUGCCACAACAACGCCCCAAGUGAUCCUGGCCACGCAACCGAUGUAUUACGGGUUGGAAACCAUUGUGCAGAACACUGUGAUGUCUUCGCAGCAGUUUGUGUCCACUGCGAUGCCGGGAGUUCUGAGCCAGAAUGCCAGUUUCUCGGCAACCACUACGCAAGUAUUCCAGGCGAGCAAAAUUGAGCCAAUCGUGGAUCUGCCCGCCGGGUACGUGGUGCUCAACAACCCAACGGAUGGGACGGGCGCUGGCACGUUCCUGAAUGCAGCCAGUGUGCUGCAGCAGCAGCAAUCGCAGGAUGAUCUUCUCCAGAAUGCCAACUUCCAGUUUCAGGCAGUGCCCUCGUCGUCCUCAUCCGCCACAUUGGAUUACUCGGCUCCGCUGGUCGUCACGGCCAAAAUACCGCCUGUGACUCAAAUGAAGCGAGCGAACAGUAACGCCGGUAAGGCGGCUGGCGUGUCGGGGGUGAGCAAGGUGCCGCCGCAGGUGGUCAACAAGGUGCUGCCCACUAGCAUUGCCGCUCAGCAGUCCCAGGUGCAGCUGAAGAACACCACCUCUGGCAACUUGAAGCAUACGGUUAAGGGCAAGGCGGUGUCUCAAACGGGAACCAAUUGCGGAGCUCCACCUAGCAUUGCGUCGAAGCCGUUGCAGAAGAAGACCAACCUGAUAAGACCCAUCCACAAGCUGGAGGUGAAGCCGAAGGUGAUGAAGCCGGCGCCCAAGGUGCACGUCCAGAAUCAUGCCAUAUUGCAACAACAACAGCAACAGCAGACCGUGCCACAGCAACAGCCCGCGGCCCCAAAGAUCACAAUAACUCAGCAAAGGAUUCCCGUGCAGACCCAACAACAGCAACCUCAGCCCACGCAGUUGCUGCAGAUUUCCCAACCACUUCAUCAGCAGCCCCAGCCAGUGCAUGUGCCACAGCAGCAGUUGCAAGUCCAAGUGCAACCUUCGAUGCCCAUAAUAACCAUUGCUGAAGCUCCGGCUCUGCAAACGCAGUUCGUAAUAGAUCAACAGGAGCUGGUGAACCAGCAGGAGAUGGUUAACCGAGCACAGCAUUUCGCCGGCAGUAGCACCAGCAACUCCUUGCCCACCAAUGUGGUGAACCCCCUCCAGCAACAAGCUCCUCCCACAACAAACAUCUCCACGACACGGCCAACCAACAGAGUCUUGCCAAUGCAGCAGCGCCAGGAUCCGAAUCCUCCCACUAUCGAGAGCCCAGUGAUGCCAUCGCCUACGCCUCCGAAGCCCCUCGAGCAGCAGGUGAUUCAGCAGAUCACCAGCGCCAGUGCUCCCAAGUGCUACAUGCCGAAAACUGUGUCGCCCAUCUACGAAGCGGAACUGAAAACGGUCACCGGACUGGACAGCAUUGUGCCCUCGAACGUUGACUGCGAGAUCAUGGAGCAACCGGUAACCGAGUCCAUCUACACAGAGGGUCUAUAUGAGAAGCACUCUCCGUCGGACGCCAAAACAGAGCAGCUCAUCAUCCAACAGCAGCAAAGGGAACAACUUACCCAGCACCUGGCCAACAACAGUUUCCUGCUCGAAAAGCAUACAUUUGAAGUGGAUGCCAUGGACACGGACUCCUACAGGGACGACGAUCUCGAGGACGAGGACGACGAGGAGGACGACUUCAGCCUGAAGAUGGCCGCUUCGGUUGGAAACGACCAUGAGAUGUCGGACACUGAAGAGCCGGCUGUGAAGGAUAAGAUCAGCAAGAUUCUGGACAAUCUGACCAAUGAUGAUUGCGCCGACUCGAUAGCUACAGCAACCACCGCGGAGGUGGAGGCCAGUGCUGCAGGCUAUCAGCAGAUGGUGGAGGACGUUCUGGCAACCACGGCAGCUGCUUCGUCUGCUCCCACCGAGGAGUUUGAAGGUACUUUGGAGACAGCAGCGGUGGAAGCAGCUGCGAGUUACAUCAAUGAAAUGGCCGAAGCCCAUGUACUGGAAUUGAAACAACUUGAAAACGGGGUGGAGCUGGAACUGACCAGGAGAAAGGGUGAGCCCCAGAAGCAGGAAUCGGUUGCCAAGCAGCAAGUGAAAGUUCCAACGGCAGCUGCUCCGGAGCCACCACCGCCUAUACGAGAACCUAAAAAGAUCAGUGGGCCCCAUCUGCUCUACGAGAUUCAGAGCGAAGAUGGUUUCACCUACAAGUCCAGUUCGAUUUCCGAGAUAUGGGAAAAGGUUUUCGAAGCCGUGCAAGUGGCCAGGCGGGCGCACGGGCUCACUCCCCUACCGGAAGGACCCCUGGCGGACAUGGGUGGCAUCCAAAUGAUCGGACUGAAGACCAAUGCCCUCAAGUACCUAAUCGAACAACUGCCAGGAGUGGAAAAGUGCUCGAAGUACACGCCAAAGUACCACAAACGAAACGGCAAUGUAUCCACAGCGGCAAAUGCCGGACAUGGAGGGAGCACGGGCGGUGGCAACGCAUCCUUGGCCAGUAACGGAGACCCGCAAGCGCUGCUCGACUAUGGAUCAGACCAGGAUGAGUUGCAGGAGAACGCCUUCGAGUGCGCCCGCUGCGAACCGUAUUCCAGUCGCAGCGACUACGACAUGUUCAGUUGGCUGGCCUCCAGACAUCGGAAGCAACCCAUCCAGGUGUUUGUUCAGCCCUCGGAUAGCGAACUGGUGCCCAGACGGGGAACUGGCAGCAAUCUUCCCAUGGCCAUGAAGUACCGCACCCUGAAGGAGACUUACAAGGAUUACGUUGGGGUCUUCCGGUCGCACAUUCACGGACGCGGACUGUACUGCACCAAGGACAUUGAAGCAGGCGAAAUGGUGAUCGAAUAUGCCGGAGAGCUGAUUCGCUCGACUCUGACCGACAAACGGGAGCGUUACUAUGACAGUCGCGGCAUUGGAUGCUACAUGUUCAAGAUUGACGACAACCUGGUUGUGGAUGCCACCAUGCGCGGCAAUGCGGCCCGUUUCAUCAAUCACUCCUGUGAGCCGAAUUGCUACUCGAAAGUCGUGGACAUUUUGGGCCACAAACACAUCAUAAUCUUCGCACUGCGUCGAAUUGUGCAGGGCGAGGAGCUCACCUACGACUACAAAUUCCCCUUCGAGGAAGAGAAGAUACCCUGCUCAUGUGGCUCCAAGCGUUGUCGGAAGUACUUAAAUUAGUAAGGGAAGGCAGAAAAAGGAUGGGCGCUGGGAGCUUCAUCCUUAAAGAAUGGGAUGGCGUAAUUUAUUGGAAUAGAAAGUAAUAUUGGGGUUAUAAUGUGCAACUUGGCAAGGUUCAAUGGUGCUCAAGAUUGAAAAGAGCUAGAUUUUAACGCUGUACAGAUAUUCGUAGGCUUUUAAUUUGUAUCUUAAAAUGUGAUCCGUCUAUCCUAAAACAUAAUUUGUCUAAUUUUUAUUUUCAGAAAGUUUUUAAUUUCCUUAAAGUUCUUUAAAACUUUUUGAUAAAAAGAAACUGAAACGCAAAGUUGCUCUGAAACCCAAAAAAUUACUUUCCACUCCAAUAAUUCAUUGUCUAAUAAAGAAAAAUAUGAGAAGAAUUGAGAAAUCACACGGAUUGUGAAAUGAAACACUUGUAGUUAACGGUUAUUUCGAUCUAUUUUUGGUCAAUCGUGAUACUUUCAUUUUAUACCCCAAUACGUCUUAAGUAGUUGAUAAAUAAGAGUUAAACAGUUGAUAUUAUUCUGUAUCGUAUAUCCAGAAGGAAAAGAAACAAAACAGCACAUAUUAGGCAACGAAAGCAAGCAGACUCCGAGCGAUCCGAUCGGAUGAAAAUAACAGAAACUCGAUGACGUCAGUAUUCAGGGGGAGUAAAAUUAAUUGUAUAUUGAAUAUGUUACGUAUUAGCUACUUACCACAUACGAAUAACGCAAAUCAGUUAGCAACCUAGACUAAGGCUCCACAGAUUCUAUACAUAACGGAUAGUACUACCACUAAGCUGAUAGGGAUAGAAGUUGUUGGGCUUAGGCGAGUGAGGGAUGAGAAGCGAUGGGAGACAUUAAAAACGAUUACUUACAGGGGCUUGUGUUAGAAUGUAAAUAUAAUGCUUAUGGAUUACAAAUAUCUAUAUUAUAAUAUGCCUAAAGUCUAAACCAUAAGAUACAUGAAUUGUAUAAGAGAAACUAUUUUAUGUAGAGGUCUGCGUAUUUAUGUUUGUUAACAAUUAACCUACUGACUAAUUGAUUGAACUACGAAUAAUAUCCGCAAAUAAUUGCUAACAUAUAAAAAUAUAAACGAGAAGGACAGAGGAGGAAACGAAGCAUCACCCUUGAAAUUAUUAAACCAUCAUAACUUAUAAUGUACGAACUAAUUCGCGCUAUUGAUUGUAUAUUUAUUUUUUAAAUCCUUGUUUUAAGCAUGUACAUGUAAUUCCCUCGAUCGGAGUGCAAGCAUAAUAUUAAUUUGUAAUGCCUAACUUUAGGUCAGCUCCCUUGUAUUCUAUUAGUUUACCGAUAUGUAUCUUUAUGUUACGCUUAAGUAUUUGUCCAAAAUUGUAACCCCACACUCACAUGUAGCAGGCAGGCAGUCAGGCGGUAGAUGUAUUCCUAUCGGACUUGUACAGGCAAAGUUCCAUAGCAUUUUUGGCAGCCAUUCAAGACGCGCGCACUUUUUGCACGCUGUCGAGGAAUUUUAUAUUUUUAUUCCCUAAAGAAAAAAGUUUAAUAAACUACAAAUUAAAAUACAA